AUGGGUGUGAUGGCCGUCGGUCUAUUCAUCACGAUUCCCCUCCUUUUCCAUCAGAUUUCUUCGUCCAUUCAAGAAAGCGUUCAAGUGGAUCCAUCCACCGCAAGAGGGCGGAACGAAACGAAGGACAAAGACGUCGAGAUGAGUCGAUUGACAGCAAAAAUGGCUCAAAUCGAGGCGAAUUUAAUGGGGAAAGUCGCCAAGACGAAAAGGAAAAACGACGAUCUCGAAGGU